GCUGCUUAAGUAGAAACAUAAAACCAAAAGAUUGAACACAACAAGGCAACUCAAAAAAGUCAACAUUCUCAAAAAGACUCAAGGGCCAUCUCGCCAGGUGUGCGAGUAACACAUUUAAUCUACAAUGGUUGGCAACAUCUUCACACAGCCUCUUGGGUUAGUUUUGAUCGUCACAGCACACAUGGUAUUUUACGAUCCCAGCCAAGCGGCAGUCACAGGCAUCCUAGGCAACAACAUCACCCUCCAAUUCAUAUUUAAUGUCAGCGUAACAAAAGACAGUCAUUUUGCAGUUUAUAGAUCAGAUAUUAAGAUUGUUGAGUGUAAACACGGCAUAGGUUGCUCAGGAAAUGGCGAGUUUGAUGUUUACCCUAAAAAUGUGUCUUUAUUUUGCCACAUUUCAAAUCUCAGACUAAAUCACAGUCAAAAUUACACAGCCAGUCUGUUCAUGGGCACUGGGCAACCCCCCAAAGAAAGUAAUAAAGUGCAGCUGAUCGUCCGAGAGGAGAACACCAGCAGCACAGUUUCUCCAGUGCUGACGAACAGCACACCAACAAGACGAAGUGAGAGUUCCAUUUUCUUUUCCUAUCCUAUCACCGCUGUCCUUGUGGUUUUGUCUGUAGUGCUGUCGGCUACGAUACUUCCUUGGUCCAUCUGGUGUCUUGUGAGAACCAAAGACAAACAACAACCACAGAAGCGCUCUAGUCCCACAGUACACACAGUACAGGAAACAGUUGAAGCAUCCAGUAAUGUGCCUGCAUCCACGCUGGUCUACAGUGUCCUGGACUUUCCCAAAAGACCCUCAGCAGUUUUGGAGAUGAAUCCAAAUGAUACAGAAUAUGCUGCUGUCAGCUAUCUCCCAGAAAAAAGACGAUUGUGAUGCAUGGCUAAAUGUAAACUAGCUGGUCUUUCUUGGUUUGAGUAAAGGUUUGCAAGAUGACUUAUACUGUAUAUAUAAAAUAUAUUUCAACUAAAUGAGAUAAAUGCUCCUUUUACACCUGUAAGUUCCUUGCUAUAAAUUACAAACAAAGGAAUUUGGUGAGGAAAGAAAUGUAAUGUCAGAGACACUGGGGUCUGAAGUGUGUGGGCGUCACUUUUUUCAUGUUUUUUAGUGGUCAUGAGAUGACAGCUGUUGACAGCUGCGGUGGCAAACCAUAAGCUGGCCCAGAUAACAGUACAGUGACACAUUAUGAUUUUGUUCUGUUUUUGUUCACUUUUAAUCUUCAGUCAUCUGUCGACUAAAACCUUAAAGUCUGGUGAUAUUCUAUAUAUUUCUUUAUUGUCAACAACCAACAAUGAAUUGAUCCUGCUAACAAGAAACAAAGCAAAGCCUGUUGUAGUUUAUUUGUCUGUGCCAUAGACCUCCUUUGUUGUCAUCAGAGUCAUUAUGGUGGACAGGGCAACAUGUUCCUAUAUUCAAGAUUUAAGAAACUUUAUUGUCUAUAACAUAACAGUAAAUAAGUAGAAACAGUACAAAUAUGACAUAUGUUACAAAUGCUAACAUUGCAUUUUUUUAAAAAUCAAGAUAGACACAAUAUUUUAUUUUGAGUCACAUACAGCAUCCUGCUGCUGUAAAUAUUCAUUAGAGCACCAAAUAUGCAUUAAUCUGCCACCAAAAAAAGUGAUGUUUUGGAAAAUAACUGAGCCUUCUUCAAUCUGAUUUCUAGUUUAAGAUUUAUGUCUUUAUUAAGAACAAAUUAGCCAGAAGAAGGGAAAAUGAAUAACGCUGGUCUUAUCCUUUAAUCCACAGUAAAGCUAAAGAUGACUGACAAUAUUGUAGUAUUGUACUUGUUAAGUUUCAUUUUCAUGUUCUUCAAAAACUCGUUUAUUCUCAAAAUGAAUUUCUGGCCAUUUGCUUUGCCUUUGUUAUUAUCUCUGACUCCAAUAUCGCACUUUUCUGUAGUGAAAUUUAUGACUAAGUAAUUAUUUUAGUUUUUGUCUUUUGGGGCUUUUUGUGAGGAAGUGAUACAUCUUUACCAGCAUCUUUUUUUUAACGUUUCUGUUUUUGUUGCUAUUUAUCACAGUUUCGAUUGACCUUUUCUCUAUUUUUAUCACAAAACUGAGACUCAUCACUGAAAUGAAACAGUCUUUGGAACAAGUUGAAACUUUAUUUGUAGAUAGAGAUCUGCUAACAGCUCAACAGUACUGUAUCUUCACAGGUCAUCACUGUGAUUUUUCCAUUUACUGUUUGGCGACAGUUUGACGCUGUGAAACCAGUUUUACAUAUACAACAACUUCCUGACACUAUCUCACUGCGAUUAUACAUUGCAUGGUCUCUGAAGUUCUCUUUUGGCAGGUGCUUAUUGAUGUUUUGAUCUGUCAGACAAAGUAUUGAUUUAGUUCUCAAUGUGUUAGGACUGUAUUAUGUUGUUAAACUCACCCAACACAUCUGUUCACCAGAUGCGUGACAAACAGGUUGAUUAUUCAUCCCGGAUGUCAGUUAUUACUCAGGAAGAAAAAUAACCAACCAAGCCAAACUAUGAUGAGUGUUUUAAAACAGUUGGUGAAAGUGGCACACAAUCAAACACAGACUGGAGGGUCUUCUCUGCUAUAAAAACCUUCUAUUGUUGUAAAAUAAAUAAAUCCUUAUUCUGAAAACUACCAAGCAUUGUGGCCAUGGGUCUCUCUUUUCCUGUCAUUCUGUCAUAUACU